GCAGCCAGAGCCGCGGCCGCAACUGCCGCCUCCGACGCGCCAGGGGUUUGAACGGACCGGAAGUGGGGGGUUAACAACUUCCCGCAGUUGGGCUGGGAGGAGUAAGGAGUGCCGGGAAUGGCGACCAAGGAGCUUGCGCGGCAGCUUGGAUUAAUUAGAAGAAAGUCAGUUGUACCAGCAAGUGGAAAUCUAGGAAGAAGCAAAUCUAAGCAGUUGUUUGACUACUUAAUUGUCAUUGAUUUUGAGUCAACAUGUUGGAAUGAUGGGAAACGCCACCAGAGCCAAGAAAUAAUUGAAUUUCCAGCAGUAUUGCUGAAUACAUCAACUGGAGAGAUUGAAUCUGAGUUCCGUGCUUACGUUCAGCCUCAAGAACAUCCAAUUCUUUCUGAAUUUUGCAUGGAACUGACAGGCAUAAAACAGGCUCAAGUUGAUGAAGGAGUCCCUCUGAGGAUUUGCUUAUCUCAGUUCUGUAAAUGGAUUCAGAAGAUUCAACAACAGAAGAAAAUUAUUUUUGCUGCUGGGAUUUCAGAUCUGCCUAAUUCCAAAGUAAAAUUAUGUGCAUUUGUUACUUGGUCAGACUGGGACUUGGGGGUUUGCCUGGAGUAUGAGUGUAAAAGAAAACAACUGUUAAAACCUGCAUUCUUAAAUUCUUGGAUUGAUCUCAGAGUAACUUACAAGAUUUUCUAUAGAAGAAAACCAAAAGGACUAAGUGGUGCCCUGCAGGAAGUGGGAAUAGAAUUCUUAGGACGAGAACAUUCUGGGUUGGAUGAUUCUCGGAAUACUGCCCUACUUGCUUGGAAAAUGAUCAGGGAUGGUUGCUUAAUGAAAAUUACAAGGUCCUUGAACAAGGUCCCCACUAAGAAGAAUUCCAGCGUUUUCGCCAGAAAUUUGAAUACGAAUCAAGUUGAAGAAAGAUCCUCCUGCAACAGUAGCAUUCAGGGUCUGAGUAUAGAUGAUAGGGAGCCUAAAAAUAUAGUAAAUUCUCAUGAAAAAGUUCACAUGAGGUCAGGUGGUGUGAAUUCUCCUAUAAAGGUACAACAGGAUCAGUUCCAGCUAAAGAGCAAUAUAAAAGCAGGUCUUCAUAAUGGCAAAAGCUAUUUAUCUCUUUUUAAUACAAAGUCCUCUACUUCUCUGGAGCAGUUGCCAUCUGCCAGCUUGAACACACCUAUGCAGAAGCACAUAAGAAACGAACACCUUGCAUUUAAUACCAAAUCUAAGUCUUCAUCAAUUGGUUCAGAAUUGGUACUUGUAUCAACUACCAUUUCAUCUGUUCAUCAUGUUUCUGAUACGGAAAUGAGUUCUGCUCUUGAUUGUUUACCUAUGUUGGCUGAUUGGGAGGAUGUAGCUUUACUGCCAGCAUCUCAGCCUGAGCAAAGUAUAGAUUGUAUACCUUCCAUUAGUGACUCAAACUUAGAUACCUCAUUUAAUUCUAUAGAAAGAUUAAUGGUUUUGAAAGAAGGCACAGAAGAAACUCCUCAAAAAUCUGGGACCUCGAAGUCUGUUGUAUAUAAGAGUCCACAUACUACUAUUUAUCAUGUGAAAGAAGCCAAAGAUCCAGAUUCAGAUGUUUCUGACUUUAAAUUACCUGAAUGCAAAUCAAGUAGCUUCAACAGUGUUAAUGCCACUAUGUCUCAUCCUUCAGUUUUGGGGAAAUACCCCCUCAUUUUAGGUGGUACUAAAAGGAAUCUAUCCAGUCCUCUAUCUGUCCCACCAGCAAAAAAACAGACCCUCACUGUUCAUGAAGAAAAGCCUACAUCAUCUGAUGGCUCCCCAGUGAGAAGUUGUUCCCAGAAGGUCCUCCCCUCUAUCUUAGCUUCUACAGUUAACCUACAAGAGCCUUGGAAGAGUGGGAAAAUGACACCUCCUUUAUGCAAGUGUGGCCGAAGAUCUAAGAGACUUGUUGUUUCUAAUAAUGGACCAAACCAUGGAAAAGUCUUCUAUUGUUGCCCAAUUGGGAAAUACCAAGAAAACAGAAAAUGUUGUGGUUAUUUCAAAUGGGAACAAACACUUCAAAAGGAGAGAGCCAACAGCAGAGUUCUGUCUCAUUCCCCAGGGGGACUCACUUUUAGUUCCCCAGAAAUAAGCCAUAUUUGUGACAGAAAUGUAAAUUUUUCUACUAAAAAUUCAUUGAGACUCAGACCUUCAAUGAGGAAUUGAUAAACUUUCUCUACAUCUAAACUGUUUUUACUUUAAUACGACUUUUUGUGUGAUAAAGAGAAAAAAGUAUAUAGGGCUACAAGUUAUGGGGACUUAGCAUAUAUGAGUUCUGUAGACUGUAUUGGGGCUAUUAAACACACGCACACACACACACACAUACACUGAAAAUAGAGAAAAAGUCAAUUUCACAGUCUUCUAAUUUCAUUCAUCGGUUAUCUGACAUUUGUCUUCUAUUCAUGUAUGAAUCCUGAUUGUUCCUUGAAUUUCCAAACAUCAUGAGUAUUCUGAUAAUAGUUGUACACUGUUUUAUUUUUAUGUUGUAUCUUUUUUUUUUUUUAAAGAUUUUAUUUAUUUAUUUGAGAGAGAGAAUGAGAUAGAGAGAGCAUGAGAGUGGGGAGGGUCAGGGGGAGAAGCAGACUCCCCGCUGAGCAGGGAGCCCGAUAUGGGACUCGAUCCCAGGACUCCAGGAUCAUGACCUGAGCCGAAGGCAGUCGCUUAACCAACUGAGCCACCCAGGCACCCUUUUAUGUCGUAUCUUAACACUUGUCAAAUUUAUCAUACUUUUUUGAAGAGCCACAAAUUAAAUAUUUUGUAUACUGCAUUUGAUUAGAUACAAGCAACUGUAGUAUGAUGUUCUUCUUUUAGUUAGACCUUGAAAUGAGUUUAAACUAUUUUUAAAUUACUUGAAUAAAAAUGUGACUAAUAAAAAUCCCUAGCCUGUUUUCAGGUAGAUAUUUAGACUUUAAGAAUUAUGGUAUCUUCUAACUGAGAUUUUUAUUUUUCUAAAAACUUUUAUAAUAAGUUGUUUAGUUUUAUUUCAAAACUUGAAGAUUUGUUCUGAUUUGUAUAUCAACAUAUCAGAGGAAUUAUUCAACUAGAAUUUGAAAACAAACAGGUCAGAAAUUUGGUUCAGAUACUAUGUUUAAAAAUUUCUCAGCACUUGAUGGCAUUCUUUUUAUAUUACCAAAAUCAUAAUAACAUUGACACUAAUGCAGAGGAAUUUACUAAAUAUUUUAUUUCAGAAUUCAGCUUCUGAUGUUAUACCCACAAAAUAUUUUAUUUUGCUUUUUUAAAAGAUUUUAUUUUUUUAAGUAAUCUCUGCACCCUAUGUGGGGCUCAAACUUAGAACCCUGAGAUCAAGAGUUGCAUGCUCUACUGACUGAGCUAGCCAGGUGCUCCAACCACAAGAUAUUUUAAAUCAACAAUUUGUAAGUAUAUUAUCACAUUUUUAAUCACCUCUAUACUCUUGUGGUUUGGACAGAGUCUUUGUUUUAUAGAUACUGUGAUAAAUAAUAGAAUGGAUUUAAAUUGUUUCCCAUUCUUUCUUCCUCAGUUCAUUUCUUUUUAUCUUCCCACUGAUAGUCUUUGGCAGCUCUUGAACAAAUUCUACCUGUUGGUAGUAAGGGAAAAAAUUAGCCCAGAAGUUUUCAUCUUUAUACAAAGUCAAUUGUAUACCAGUUUUAUUAUCUCUAGGUAAAAGAAUUAGGAUACCCAUCUGGGUGGGUUUUGGUAACAACCAAAAAGGGAGAGGGGUAUUGUUGAGGAGAUGUUGCUUGAUAUUUAGUAUUUACUACUAGUCCAGUGAGCCAAAUGACCCUGCAAAUUAUGUCAAGAGUUUCAUUUUAAUCUCAAAGAUUCUGAUUCUUAUCCAUGUCAUUAGUUCAGUUUGGAAUAUUUGGUGUAGCAUGUUUGAGGAGAAUGUUCAUUAAAAAAAUAAAUAAACAGCUGAAAUUUGUCAGAACACUAAGCAAAUUGUCAUCAUAAUUAGAAUACCUACCUUUCUGGGAUAUUUGUAAGGUGCUGUAGUUUUUUUUACAUGCUCUUGAAUCUCCUUUUUUAGUUGUUCUUGAUCAUGUGACUUGGAUUCAGGGGUCAGAACAAUAAAAGCCUUUACUACCUGAAAAAAAUAUUUGAAACACCAGGAAGAUGAGUUGUAUAUUUUUAUGUUUUAGCGUGUCUUGUUUACUUUUUCUAACUGGGACUCUAAUGCCUGCUGGGGUGGACCAGAAGGCUUCAUAGGGUUUGAUCCCAGGUCUGUGCUCUUAAGUCAGCCAGUUGAGUCCCAUAACUCCUCUUCUAAUACAAGAGAGUUUCUGGGAGCCCUGCUUUGUUAAUGAUCUUAAUGAACUAGAACUUUCUCAUCUAACUACAUCUUGAACUCUGCUUUCUGACCUGCUUCUGUUUCUGAGCUGUCUUUCCUCUUGACUUCUUGCCUCAUCUUUUAUCUCCUUCAAGAAAAUUUCCUUUUAGAAAAAAAACCUUCCUUUUAGAAACUCGACAAUGCACUAAGCACAGCCUCUUGGGUAACAUCUUAGCCUGAUCUAGCCUAGUUCCUAGGUCCCCACCCUCAGUGUGGCCCUUAUAAAGAGUAUUCACACCGAGUUUGCUAUAUCCUUAUUGAAGGAACAGUUCAUUGAGGCUGUGCACUCUUCAUUCCAGAGAUACUUAUGUUGAUAUAAGGCUGUGAAGAUUCCAACAGCCAUUUUGCUAUUACUCUGACCAAUUUACCUGACCCUGAGGAACAAGAUUAGAAAAUGGUGGUGGUCCUUGCUCUCUAAUUGUCAGAGACAGGGAAGACUUUAUCACUUUAUACUCACAAAUCCUGUUUUCAAAGUUCACUCUUCCUUGAAAUGUUUUGGAAAAUCCUGCCCUGCCCAGAGUUUUUGGACUAUUUAUCCAUUUUAUCAUAUCCAUUUUUUGAUAUUUCAUAAAAUUUUUGUGUUUAUACUGGCUCUUCUGCUUUAUCAACAUUUUUAUGAAUUAAAAAAAUUUAACCUUGCUAUAAGUGAAUCAUUCAGGGGCAGCUUAUUUUAAGAACUAAUGUUUAUAAUUACUGAUUUGCAUAUUGAUGACUUCUGCACCUCGGAUAAGGUCUACUCUAUAAAAGUUUUUUUUUAAGAUUUAUUUAUUUUAGAGAGAGAGAGCAUACACAUGCACACAGCAGUUGGAGGAAGGGCAGAGGGAGAGAAUCUCAAGCAGACCUCCAUGCUGAGUGCAGAGCCUGACUCAGAGCUUGAUCUCAUGACCCUGAGAUCAUGACCUGACUUGAAAUCAAGAAUUAGAUGCUCAACUGUCUGAGCCACCCAAGUGCCCCUAUAAAAAUCUUUAUAAACCAUUGCAGAAGAUCGUAAAUUAAUAUGGAGCACCCUAACAUGAUUAAGAGUAUGAACUCUAAAGUCAGACGGCCUGGGUUCAAAUCACACUUUAUUGUGUAAUCUUGGGAAUGUUAGGAUACCUCUCUGUGCCUAUU